GAGAACGUCACCUCCAUCCGCGUCCCCUCAGAGCUGAUCUGGCGGCCGGACAUCGUCCUCUACAACAACGCGGACGGGGACUUUGCGGUCACCCACCUGACCAAGGCCCACCUCUUCCACGACGGGCGGGUGCAGUGGACGCCUCCUGCCAUCUACAAGAGCUCGUGCAGCAUCGACGUCACCUUCUUCCCCUUCGACCAACAGAACUGCACCAUGAAGUUCGGGUCCUGGACCUACGACAAGGCCAAGAUCGACCUGGUGAGCACGCAGAGCCACGUGGACCAGCUGGACUUGUGGGAGAGCGGGGAGUGGGUCAUCGUGGACGCCGUGGGCACCUACAACACCAGGAAGUACGAGUGCUGCGCCGAGGUCUACCCCGACAUCACCUACGCCUUCGUCAUCCGGCGCCUGCCGCUCUUCUACACCAUCAACCUCAUCAUCCCCUGCCUGCUCAUCUCCUGCCUCACCGUGCUCGUCUUCUACCUGCCGUCCGAGUGCGGCGAGAAGAUCACGCUCUGCAUCUCCGUGCUGCUCUCGCUCACCGUCUUCCUGCUGCUCAUCACCGAGAUCAUCCCCUCCACCUCGCUGGUCAUCCCGCUCAUCGGCGAGUACCUGCUGUUCACCAUGAUCUUCGUCACGCUCUCCAUCGUCAUCACGGUCUUCGUGCUCAACGUGCACCACCGCUCGCCGCGCACGCACACCAUGCCCGCCUGGGUCCGCCGGCUCUUCCUGGACAUUGUGCCCCGCUUGCUCUUCAUGAAACGGCCGUCUGUGGUCAAGGACAACUGCCGGCGGCUCAUCGAGUCCAUGCACAAGAUGGCCAGCGCCCCGGGCUUCUGGCCUGAGCCCGAGGGGGAGCCCGGCCUCCGGAGCGCAGCCCAGAGCCCGGGCCCCUCGCCCUCCCCGUCCUUCUGCGGCCCCCUGGAUGAGCCGGCCAAGCCCCAGCCAGCCUGCAAGCCGCCCUCGGACCAGGCCCCUGCUCUGCAGCCCUGGGAGGCUGAGAACAGGGGCCCCUGCCCCUCGCCUGAUCCCGGCCACCCACCCACCAGCACCCGGGCCCCGGGGCUCGCCAAGGCCCGGUCCCUGAGCGUCCAGCAUGUGUCUGGGCCUGCGGAAGCCGCAGAGGAUGGCGUCCGGUGCCGGUCUCGGAGCAUCCAGUACUGCGUCCCCCAAGACGAAGCUGCCUCCCGGGCAGGGGACCCUGUGGCCGGCUCCCCCGCCCUUCUGAAGGCCAGCUCAGCCGAGCUCCCGCCCCCAGACCAGCCCUCUCCGUGCAAGUGCAGGUGCCAGAAGGAGCUGUCCCCGAACGCCCUGCUCAGAGCCCGCGGCCCCAGAGCCGCACCCCGGCACCUGCCCCUGUCCCCGGCGCUGACGCGGGCUGUGGAGGGCGUCCAGUACAUCGCCGACCAUCUGAAGGCGGAAGACACAGACUUCUCGGUGAAGGAGGACUGGAAGUACGUGGCCAUGGUCAUCGACCGCAUCUUCCUGUGGGUGUUCAUCAUCGUCUGCCUGCUGGGCACCGCAGGCCUCUUCCUGCCCCCCUGGCUGGCCGGCAUGAUCUAGGGGCACGGGGCCCGGUGCCCACAGCCCGGGGUCAGGGCCUGGCUGCCCCAGCGGUUCCUGUGUGGGGUCACAGCACCUGCCAGAUCGCCCCUGUUCUCUGCCUCCUGCAAGAUGGCCUUGGAGAGGGCCAGCGCCCCUGGGCAGCCGGGGCACGGCCAGGCCGGAAGGGACGGCGAGGGCUGCCUGUUCUUGUCUGCGGGGCGGGGCACCGCCUAGGUCUUAUUAAAGUUUGUCUGGAGCAUGGUGACA